CGCAGAUCGCAUCGGAUAUUGCCAGCGAGGUUUGUAUCGCGACAGAGAGGCCAGUGGGUGGUAGCGUUGGAGGGAACGCGCCGUUCGCCACGCCGUUCGCCUUGCAGCGCCCCGAUGAAGAUGCAGCUGCAGGCUCCCGCAUCGGGCCAGGCUGCAAGCUUGUGCCCAAGCCGCUCUCCUCAGCGGCGCCGCCACAUCCGGCGGCUCCACCUGGCGGCGGCAGCGGGAGCCAACGGCACCGCAAGCAGCGGCAGCCAGCCCGGCAAGAAUAAGGUGCUCGUGGUCGGAGGAGGCUGGGCAGGCUUUGGCGCCACCAAGCACCUGGCAGAGCAGGGCUACGACGUGACCCUCCUGGACGCCUCUCCCAACCCGGGCGGCCUGUCAGCCGGAUGGCGCACGCCACAGGGGCGGGCCGUGGAGGCUGGCGUCAAAGGCUUCUGGUACCAGUACGCCAACAUCUUUGCCAUGGUACGGGAGCUGGGCAUCCCGCACCCCUUUACCGACUUUGAGACCAGCGGCUUCUGGGGUUCAGACGGCCGCCUCAUCACCCAGGCACCCGUCUUCUCCAAGCUGCCCCGCCUGCCCGCGGUCGCUGGCCAGUUCUACCACACCUGGGGCUUGUUUGACAGCCUGCCGCUGGCGGACCGAGCCACCAUCAUCCCCUGGCUGUACACGGCCAUCGAUCUGGGCAGUACGCCGGGAUCUUACGAGCGGUACGACAGCAUGACCGCGCUGGAGCUGUUCAGGCGGUACAACAUCACCCAGGCAGCCUACGAAAACUUCCUCAAGCCCACGCUGCUGGUGGGGCUGUUUGCACCACCGGAGCAGCUGUCUGCGGCCGUGGCGAUAGAGACGCUCUACUUCUAUGCGCUCGCCCACCAGAGCGAUUUUGAUGUGUGCUGGUGCAAGGGAUCUGUGAGCGAGCUGAUCUUCGAGCCGCUCAUUGAGCGCAUCAAGCAGAGUGGCGGCAAGAUCCGGGGAGGCCGCCUGGUGAGCGGCAUCAAGACAGACGCCGGCGGCGCCGUGACGGCGCUGGUGUCCCGGGAUGCCGCCACGGGGGCGGAGGAGCGGCAUGAGGCUGACGCUGUUGUGUUUGCCAUCAGCAUCUCUGGUAUGCAGCGCCUGGUGCAGGCCAACCGCGUGCUGGCUGAGCGGCGGGAGUUCCAAGACAUGAUGGAACUCAAAUCAAUUGACUGCAUAGCCACGCGGCUGUGGUUUGAUCGCAAGAUCGACACGCGGUUCCCGGUGAAUGUGCUGGCUGGAUAUGAGCAGGACUGCGGCGCCACCUACUUCAACCUCAGCUACCUGCAGGACGAGUACAAGGACGAGCCUGGCACCGUAAUUGCCGCCGACUUUUACGGCGCCUCCCGCCUGCUGCCGCUGUCAGACGAGGACAUCGUGAAGAAGGUGCAGAGCAACAUCGCGCGCUGUGAGCCCGCCUUCCGUGACGCCAAGGUGGAGGAUGCCGCGGUGCUUCGCUUCCCCCGCGCCGUCACCCACUUCAGCCCAGGCAGCGCCAAGUACCGCCCCACCCAGGCCACCAGCUUUGACAAUCUCUUCAUGGCAGGCGACUGGGUCAAGGGCUUGGACCACGGCGCCAACGGGCUGUCGCAGGAGCGCGCGUGGGUGAGCGGGCUGGCCGCCGCCAACCUGGUCGUUCAGCGGCUGGGGCAGGGCCAGCCAGCAGACAUCCUGCCAGUGGAGCCGGAUGAGCCGCACAUUGCGGCGGUCAGGGAGGCCAACAAGGCGGUCAAGGCAGCGCUGUACAACCUGGGCGUGCGCAGCCCCUUCCUGUGACCCGGCGGCAGUACAAGGUUACUGCGGCUGGCACUAGAGACGAUCGGGAGCGGAGGGAAGUGUUCGGCGGAGAGCAGGCGCACCCGGGCAUGUGGGCAUGAUGGCACUGCAUUGUUUGUGCAUUGUUUGUGCCUGCGGCGAGUUUGUAAGGAACAGAUGCC